GUUAUUUUAUGGAUGCAUUAAAUAAUAAUGUAAUCCUUCUUUUCAAAGCAAUAUAUCCAAAGUGGAUCUUGCUGCGAUUGCUUUUGUCUUAACGGAAAAGGAGGAAGUGACCAGCUAACGCAGACUUGUACUGAAGACUCUCUUCGUUCUCAUUUUCCAAUCACCAAGGAUAGGUUUUGAAGUUCUCGGAUUGUCAGACAAUGCACCAAGGACCAAAAACAUGGAGGAGAAAGCAUUAGAAGUAUACGAUGUUAUUCGUACUAUCCGGGACCCUGAGAAGCCUAACACGCUAGAGGAACUGGAUGUUGUAACGGAGAAAUGUGUUGAGGUCCAAGAGCUUGGAGAAGACGAAUACCUUGUCAUUAUUAAGUUCUCUCCAACUGUCCCACAUUGUUCUCUGGCAACACUAAUCGGCCUAUGCUUACAAGUUAAACUGGAGAGAUGCUUGCCAUUUAAACACAAGUUGGAAAUUUACAUUUCUGAAGGAACCCAUUCUACAGAGGAAGAUAUUAACAAACAGAUCAAUGACAAGGAGAGAGUAGCAGCUGCCAUGGAGAACCCCAACCUGCGGGACAUUGUGGAGCAGUGUGUUACUGAAUCUGAUGACUGAGCCAAGGGACUGGCAUCUUGAAGACUUUACAGUUCAAACCAAUAUAUUCAGUAAGAACCAGAUGGAAGAAAACAUACAGAAGAAGCAAACCACAACCUGACAACUGUUUGUGCUUUCUGUAGAAACAUGUUUUGCUACUAUUUUGCCUCAGGCCCCAAAUUGAACCAGGUUGUCUCCAUCACAACUUUUCACAGUUUUUAUUGCCUAAAUGCUAUUUGGAAAGCAAGUUCUGCUACAUUGACAGUAGAUGUAGCCAUUAAUGUAUAUUGAGAGAACAUCAUGCCGCUGUUAAUUAUUAAAAAAAAUUAAAUAUUGUUCAUGUUCUUGAUAAA